UGAAACUAGUUAUACAUUGGUAUCAGGCACGGAGACUAGCUUCUUGGAAUCUGUGGAAAGAUUACUUAUCCGUCGUGAUUCUUCACAUAUAAGAAAAUUCCAUCUUAUCUGAAGAAUGAGCAUUAGUGCAUCUAGUGUAAUUUCAUGGGUAUUUGCUACACUACUAUACAAGGUUCAAGAGCUUGAACUUUCCCUACCUUUUGAGACACUCCUUUUGCUACUCAAUGCCCUUUUUACGUCUGAAUCACUCAGCGUAUUGAAAUUAGAUAUGAUCAUAUUCAAGGUUCCUAGUCUCAUACGCUUGUCAAACCUUAAGGCCUUACACCUUACUGUUAUAUUUCCGAGUGAUGAAUCCACUGAAAGAUUUUUUUCUGGUUGUCCAGUUCUCCAAGACUUAUUUUUAGACAAUUGCUCUUGGCAGCAUAAUAAGAGAAUCACUCUUUCUAUUCCCACUUUAAGGACACUGACUAUUUUCUAUUGCCCCUCUUUCCCAGAAAAGUUACUAGAUUGUGUGAUCACGAUCUGUGCACAAAAUCUUAUGUCUUUUGAAUGCACUAGUUAUCUGAUAUUUGAACUUGUUUUGUGUAACCUAUCAUCACUGGCCGAUGCUUGUAUUGAUGUUACGGUUUUGUCGUAUGAGUGGCAAGAAUUUCCUCAACGAGCAAUAAAACUACUCGGUGGAAUUCACCAUGUCAAAUCUCUUACUUUGUGGAGUAAUACACUUGAGUGUCUCCUUCUUGAACAAAAUCCCGCAGCUUUUCUGCCUACAUUUCAUAAUUUGACUCAUUUGAGGAUUCCCUGGUGCUGGGUUUGUCUGACGACUCUGACCAAUACACAACUGAAGCAUUGAUGCAUUUUCUUAAAAAAUUACCGAAUCUAGAAUAUCUUGAGAUUCCUGGGGAAUUUGACCCAGAAUCUGAGUGGUCCAGUAUUUUACCUCAAUGUAUCAAGUUUUGCCUUAAAACUAUUAGGAUCUUACAUCUUAAGGGGAGUGACGCAGAAUUAAUUUGGCUAAAAUAUUUUCUUGGGAACACCAAC